CUCACCAGUUAGCGUGACAGUCUAGCCGCCCGAACCUUCCCGAUGGAUUUUGAACUAUACGCAUGUACUAUGAACAACUUAGGUUACGUUAUUGCAUAGAUUAUCACAAUAAAAUGCACGUACAGUGAUACAGUAAAUAACAAUGGCAUAUAAGUGACCGAGAGUAAACAAUUAAUGCAUAAUUUAAACAUAAUAAUAUACAUAAAUAUAUAUUGAUAACAAAUAAGACUUCAGUUAAAGUUAACCUUAGCUUAUUGUGUAUAUAUUUUAUUUAAUAUUUAAAAAAUGGCAGAGUACAAUGACAGUAAUAAUUUCAAUAGUAAUUCUUUACGCGAAAAUUUGAUAAGUACAGCGGUCAAGUUUCUUCAAAACCCGAAAGUCAUAUCGAGUUCAUCAGAUAAAAAAUAUCAAUUUCUUUUGAACAAAGGGUUGACAGAUGAUGAAAUUAAAAAAGCAUUUAGUCUUGCAUCAAUAGUACUUCCAAUCGAUGAUAAAAAUGGAUUUAGUGCUGUAUCUAUUCCUUCCUAUAAUAAUAAUAACAGCAGUAUCGUUGAUAACAAUUCUGUACAUAAUAAUAAUGUAGUGCAAACUCAGCCAAAGUGGAUUUAUGCCGUUAAAGAUUUUAUUAAUAUUACCGCCUUUAUCGGCACUACUUUAUAUUGCUUACACUGGGCUAACAAGAAAUUUAUUGAGCCAUUUAUAUUCAAAAGUAAAAAAUCUCCAAUCAAGCCUGUGGAUAAAAAUGAAGAAUUAUUAAAAGACGUGAAAGAGAUGAAAAAAUCAAUGGCUAACCUUGAAGAAAAAGUUGACAGAAUAACGUGCAAUGAUAUGUCAGACCCUUCAGUACCGCGUUUAGUUCAAGAAUUAAAAAAUGAUGUAGCUAGUUUAAAAGGUUUACUCUUGUCUCGUAAACAAUUUCCAAGCGCACCACCCUCGAUUCCAAGCUGGCAAUUAGAUGACACAUCUAAUCAAAAUCGAGAAAAAACUACCGAAGAUGAUGCAGCCAGCGGGAGUAGUGCUAAUAAUUCCGAUAGCUCGUUAGAAAUGAUUCGAGAGGAUCCUAAAUAA